ACAUGUGAGAGGGACAGCUCUGCAGACACCCACAUCAGUGCAGCAGGAGGGGAGGAAGUGCACUCGGCACUGGAGCUGAGAUUCCCCUGCAGCCUGUGGUGCAGCCCAUGGAUGUCCGUGGUGGAGCAGAUAUACACCUGCAGCCUGGGGAGGACCCCACACCAGAGCAGGCGGAUGCCCAAAGGAGGCUGUAACCCUGGGGAAACCUGUGCUGAAGCAGGCUCCUGGCAGUAACUGUGGCUCACGGAGAGAGGAGCCCACAGUGGAGCAGGUUUGCUGCAGAACUUGUGACCCUACGGGGGUCCACGCUGGAGCAGCCUGUUCCUGCAGGAUUGCACCCUGUGGAAGGGACUCAUGCUGGAGCAGCUCAUGAAGAACUGCAGUCUGUGGGAAGUUGAUUGGUCUUGAUACAUAAUCUGCAACUCUAACUUAAAACCAUUAAAUCUUUUGGUUUAUAUGUUAGAAUAUAAAGACUUUUUCCAUUCAGUUGCUUCAGAAGUAGUAUGAUUUGUUGAAUCUGAAACCUUCAGGGUAACACUGGUUUUGCUGCAACUUUUGUAGGGAAAAGCUGCUGAGAAAAUAGACGGGAUUUCUGGUCAAAAUCAGAUAAAUCAAUAAUUUGGUUAAAGAUACAGGACACUGAAUUCGACUUUGUAAUCUGAGCCACAGCUUGGAUUUGAGCAUCUUUAGAUGACAGCAUUGUCUGCUAAUUUAGGGGAGAUUAUGGCAUCUUUAUCUUAACUUCUCAGUGAAGUACUUGGUCAGCAGCAUGGGUCGGCUUGACGGGAAGGUCAUACUGCUGUCAGCAGCAGCACAGGGGAUUGGACGAGCAGCUGCUAUAGCUUUUGCAAAAGAAGGAGCCAAAGUCAUUGCUACAGACAUCAAUGAGUCUAAGCUGCAAGAACUGGAGAAGUAUCCAGGCAUUCAAAUACGGGUUCUGGAUGUCACCAAAAAGGAGCAGAUAGAAAAUCUGGCCAAGGAGAUUGAAAAGAUUGACGUCCUCUGUAACAUUGCAGGGUUUGUUCAUCACGGAACCAUUCUGGACUGUGAGGAUCAAGACUGGAACUUCACUAUGAACCUCAAUGUUCGCAGCAUGUAUCUAAUGAUCAAGACAUUCCUUCCUAAGAUGCUUAAACAGAAAUCUGGAAAUAUUAUAAAUAUGUCUUCUGUGGCAUCCAGCAUUAAAGGAGUUGUGAACAGAUGUGUGUAUAGUACUUCAAAGGCAGCAGUUAUUGGUCUAACAAAGUCUCUGGCUGCUGAUUUCAUUGAGCAAGGCAUCAGAUGCAACUGCAUAUGUCCUGGAACUGUUGACACUCCAUCUUUACAGGAAAGAAUCCAAGCCCGGCCUAACCCAGAACAGGCAUUGAAAGACUUUCUAGCCAGACAGAGGACUGGUAGGAUGGCUACUGCUGAAGAAGUGGCCCAUCUCUUUGUGUACUUGGCCUCUGAUGAAUCUGCCUAUGUGACCGGUAAUGAACUAAUCAUUGAUGGAGGAUGGAGCUUGUGAUUGACCCUGCCUGCAAAUGGAAAUUUGUACCAUGAAAGGCAAAAAGUGAGGAUCGUAUUUCUCAGAUAAGAUAGCUGGCAAAGAUUCAGAUCACGCACAUGAUGUCCUUCAAAACAAAUUCGGUGUAUUUUUACUGUUAGGUGAUCUCUUUCUAGAUUGGUCUUACUGAUUCACUUUUCCCUAAAUAGUGAAACACUGGAGUAAAACAUACUUCAUGUAGCUUCAAUUUAUGGUAACUCCAAGAACAUGAGAGAAUAGCAAUUUAACAUGUAAGAUUUCAGAAGGCAAAGAAUAUUAUUUAAUGUCAAAAUCUGAAUUGUGUUUUAAGCAAAUCUGAGUGAAAGGAAUUAAACACUGUUUUCAUGAAGUAGAAAUGAUGGAGAGGAGCCUGCUCUAAUGCUUGAGACUAAAGCUUAUAGAAUGUAGAGAGCAUUAAGAAUUGUGUAGUUUUACAAGCACUUGGAAAGCACAAUAACUAGUAAAGAAGAGGUCUUAGUGAGAGAAAUGGGAGACCAGAACUGUUUCAUUAACAGCAUAGAUCACUCCUAAACUGGGCUUGGAAGUAUCAUUACUAGUUUGUUUUUUUUUUUUUUAUCCUUCCAUGUACACAAAGUACUAUACAAGGAUGUCGCUCUGGUAGGCAUGGAUGGAGGUAUAUGUGGGAGAAUUAUUCUUACAUACACAGGUGGAUCUCCAUGAAUACGCUUCUGGCACACAAGCAAAAGGAGUGGAUUUUACAACUCCAGAUAGAGCAGGAUAUAUUCCUCUUCAAAAAGAUGUAUUGAUACUGGGCAAAUUUUGUCAAAUCUGUAUGCUAGAUGCUAGGCGCUAGGCUUUGAUAUUCUCUUGCUUGAUUCUCAAAUACCGAUACAGUUCAUGCUAAAACACAAGGCUGUUUCUCUGAAAAGGACUGUUUCUACAAGAAUUUGUGUUUAUGUUUUUAUUGUGAUAGCAUUUUGUAGCUUUGAUUUAUUAAUCAGAAACCUACUAACAGAAGGUCUCAUAUUCUGGAAAAAAAGCUAUAAAUCCUGACCCAGAGAUCUAAGGCACUUAAUAAGCUGAAUUCCAAACCUAUUUGUUUUGCUUACAUACUGUUAAAAUUGACAUGAAUUACAUGGGCUGACUGUCUAUGAAUAUGAUUACCUUAAAAAAAAAUUGCAUGCAGCUCCAUUUAUCUAGUUUGUGAAUGUAGCUGUAUGUAAUUUCAUAUAAUAUUCAUACAUGUUAAAUACAUACGUAUGUGGGGGAGGAAUUAAUAAAUGGACUAAGUGUGAUUAAUCAGUAAUCAGCACAGGGGAAAUGUUCAAUAUUUUGUGCGUGUUUCUGUAACAACUGCCAUGUUUUUAAAAUUACUGUUUAAUAUUUUUAAAAUUACUGUUAAAGCUUUUCAGUAUUAGCUGAAACAUUAAUAAAAAUUAUUUGAUUUCAAAGAUAAUGGAACAUGUCUAGUUAAAAUUGGGCUGCUUAUUUUAAAAUCAUAAGUAAAUGUAACUUUUACACAUGAGAAACUAUUGUGGAUGUUGGCUUCUUCAGGCUCAUUAUUGGCUUAACUUUUAUGCUUAAUCAUGGUUGGAGCAUUCUGAUCUUGUGUAGUUUGAUUAGGGGGGGAGUAUCCGGUAUUUCAAAAAGGACUGUGGCAGCCAAGCAGGAUUGAGCUGAGGCAGAAAUCCAAAGUUAGCCAAAACGGUUCCACCACUGUUCACUGACAUAAAUUCAGAUGUUACAAGUUCAGGCUGGCAGGAUACUGUUUCAGUGGUUUUGGAGUUUCAUAUGAAGGCCAAAGUCCCUCCUCUGUAGUAGGUGUUUUCAGGCUUACCUUGAAAAGAGAAUCUUCCCACUGCAGUAACACAGGAAUAUUGCACUGUGUAUUCUGAAAGUAUAAUUAAAAAUCUUAGAGAAAAUUCAUUA